AUGCUAACUAAUUACAAAUGUAUUUCAACAGUGGAGAACAAGGCAGUGUUGGUAGAGCUUGGAAUUAUAGACAACUUACUGGAGAUGUCUAAAGUAGAAACAUAUCCUGUAGUCUUCAAACUACUAGGAACUCUUCGAAUGUUAGUUGAUAAACAAGAAAAUGUGGCCAGUAAACUUGGAACAAAUUCUAGUUUCAUUCAACAGCUUGUCAGAUGGGGCUACACUGAAGACCAUCCUGGAGUAAAAGGAGAAGCUAUACGUUUAUUGGCUUGGUUGGUGAAACACUCAAGAUCUAGUGAUGUCAUGAGACUACUCAUCAAAGAAGGGGGAGUCCCCCAGCUUCUUAACAUGAUCCAAUCAGAACAUCAGAUAAUGCAGAACGAAGCCCUCUUGGCUCUCAAUAUAAUGGCUGGAACAGUGUUGGGUAAGGUGAAAAUUUGAUAUAAAUGACC